AUGGAGAAAAGUCUGAAAGUAGAAGUGGUCGCUGUCCAUGGAUUCCCCAUCCAGAACCUUCCCUUGGAAUUACUCCAAUUGCCUGUUUCUCUUAUGACUCCGGCGGAGAGACUCAAUUUGGCUUCGACCUCGAACAAAAUGGAAAAUGCUCUGAUGAAACUCAGAUUCCCGAAAGUGAAUCUUCAUUCUCUUCAUAUCCACGAUGGGACCAAUUCUGGUGCCAAAGUGGCCGACAUCAUCAUCACCAGCACCAAUCGUGCCGAUGACUCUGUUCUUGUCGUCAAAUGCGGUACCAGCAGCAUGUACUCUGAAAGACUGGUCAAUGUGAAAACAUUCCCGAAAUGGAUCGAUGCAAGAUGCUCAGCCAUCGCCAAUGCCCGCGCUAUCUACAAAGUCAUCCGCCAUUUGAUUCCAAGCGAUGGACUAUCCCUUGGACUUGGACCGAUGAAGAAAACCGAUAUGAAGAGAAUUCUGUCAGCCGAGGAGUUCGAUAACUGGACGAGUGCAGAUGUUCAGGGUAAUCACGAUAUGGCAGCGAUCGGGUUCAUUAUGAAUCACGCCUAUAAGAAUAGAUCACUGGAUUGUAGGGAGAGUGUGCGGUUUUCGACAGACUUCAGCCAUGAAAAGGCCUUCAAAUUCAAUGGAGUCCGAUACGCCCAUGCUCCGUGGGUUCGCUUGGACCAUCUCAUCGCAAUGCGAGGAGGAAAACACAUUGAUUUGGGUCACACUAACCUUUCGGCUCUUGAAGUCAACAUCUUCAUCCGUCUCUGUAUUGAUAGCGAGAAGCCUGCCUGCGAUUGUAUAACAAUUGGAUUGACUGGAGGAGCUCCCGAUGAGAAGGUCGUGUUGAAGGGAUUUAUUUAUAUUCCAGCAUCAGCAGAAGUCGGAAAAAAGAUGUUUUUCGCAUGUUCAAACUCAGUCGGCAACCCGAACAUUGCGAUCAUCACUCUCGACGAUCAAACUGUCUCCUGUCAUUUCAACUCGAAUGAAAAGGAAAUUCUCCAACCACGGAUUACGUUGAAUGCCAUGAAACAAAAGGCCAAGGUUUUGAAGGAGAUGGCGGCUCUGAAACUUGAGGAUGUUGAGCAGCGUCAAAGACUCGAGAAACAAAUUGAGGAGAUUUGGGAUAAUUGUGAGAAAGCUCUGGCCGAAGAGGAUAAGGCCCAUGAUGCACUUAUGAAGAAUCCUUGA